UAACAAAGAAAUGGGACAGUCGAAGAAGAAGCAAGGGUUAGCUCUGCUCUGACAAGCUAAAGCUAACCCUAGAAUCAAGAUAUUUUCUUUUAUUUUUUCCGUUAACUGAUUUUAAUAAUAUUUUGUAGGCAAUUGGUAAAUGAAAACAGUUGCUAUGGAAGAGGUGGAACUAAAGCCAAGCCUGCAGGAGCAGAAGAGCUCCAAAUACAGCGUAGAUAAUGAAAAUGUUGCCAUGGAAGUGGAUGAGUUCAAGCCAAACAUUAAGGAGGAGAAGAGCUCAGAAGACAGUGUAGAUGAGUUCAAUGGUGUGCCAGAAUCUGCAUAUGAGUGCCCAUCAUCGCAUUAUAUCACUCCCUGCAAGACAGAAAGUUUUCAGAAUGGCGCAGACUGUCUGCAUCUAGAGAAAGAAGCCGUUGUAGUUUUAACCAGACUCCCCGAACACGUUAUCAGUGCUCUGCAGUCGUCAACCGCCCAGGAGUUGUACAGCGAAACGGAGUCGUUUGGGGAGGCUGAAUCCGAUACUCUGUGGGAACCGGGGGAGGAUUCCGAUGAUUCUGAUAUCCCACUCUCGCACAACAACAGAAAAACCACAAAGAUGAAAAAGAGCGGCGCAUCAGAAAAGUCCAAACAGACGCUGAGCAUUAACAGCCUGAGUACAGAAGCUGGGAAAGUGGACGAGUCCAGGUCAAGUGUGCCGGAGCCUCAGAGCUCUAAGGACAGCAUAGAAAACAACAAUGAAACAAAAGCGGGCUGUUCUGUCAUAUCCACCUACGUGAGCCACUGCAACAACGAAACCAAAAUUAUCCGCCCUGAUUUGCCGGAGAAAGAGAUCCUUCCAGGCAUGAUGGUUAUUGCCAGGAGGAGGGCCAUGGAGUGGAAGCGCGGUAAAAUAGCAGAGAUAAAUACAAGAGAAGACGGACGGUUAAAAUACAAAGUGGUUUUUGAAGAAAAAGGCAAGAGUCUCGUAUCGGGACAUCACAUAGCCUUUGACUCCACCGCCAGGCUGGCAGAGCUGUACAUCGGCGCCCGCGUUGUGGUCAAGUCCCUGGAGGACGAGCUGACUUACCUGCCUGGAGUUCUGGGCGAACUCCCCAGCAGAAAGAACCGCUUGAGGUUUCUGGUUUUUGUAGACGAUCACACGGCAGUUUAUGUUGGUUUACCAUUACUUCAUCUAGUGUGCAGACCGUUGGAGAAUGUUUUGGACGACGUUCCAAGCGGGAUUCACAAAUAUUUCAUGACGCAGUAUUUAAAGAGAUGGCCGUACCCACAUUUAACCCGCUACAGAGUGGGGCAAAUCAUCACCGUGGACGUGAACGGAGUCCCUGAGAAAUGUGAGGUGUUGAGCAUCGACUGCAGCUUGAUUUUGGUGCUUUAUCAGCAUAAUCAGACGAGAGAGUGGAUUCACAGAGGCUCCAUUCGAUUGGAACACAUAUUCAAGCUUUUGAAAACGCACGAACAGACCAACCUGAGCGCUGAAGAGAGCGGGAUCUAAAUAAAGGCCUCACUGAAUCAAGAGAACGACUGAAGCCCAUUCCAACAACAAGGAAUUAAAGAGCAAAAAAAAAUCAAACGUGACUCUUUCAACUUGCUUUGUGAAUUUAUUUUGUUUGAGAAAAAAAUCUCUAAAACAUAAACAUUUUGUAUCAAAAUCCAUACUUUUGUUUAUACAAAGAAUUUUUACUUGUAAAACUGUAUUGUUGACCUCUAAAGAUGUCCAUAUGAACUUGGCAUUUUGCCUUAAUGAAAAGGCUAUAGGAGAAGGCCCAACUGGGUCCUUUCUGCAUGGAGCUUGCAUGUGCGCCUCGUGCAUGCGUGGGCUUUCUCCAUGCCCUUUGCUGGUGACUCCAAAAUGUCAGUUGGGUGUGAGUGUGGUUCAUCAACGGACUGCCGACCCACCUUUGAGCAGAUUAAGCAGGAAUUGAAGAUAAAUGGAUUGAAAAAGCUUUUUUACUGUUACCUAAAUACUGUUGCUUUAAGUUCUUAGUUUUUAUUUUUUUUAUAAAACCCAUUUCAAUUAUUAACUUCAUCUUUUUAAUUACAUUUUAAUUUUUUCAUUUAAUCUGAAAACAAAAAAGAGAAGUUUCUCAAUUUUUAAUGACUCGUGUAAUUGUAUAUCUUUUUGUAUAAUAUGGAUGUAAAGUAAAAUCAGCCUGCUCAAUAAAGAAUCAUUGAAAUGGU